AUGCCUUCCACAGAAUGGAAACCAGUAUUCACAGUAACGUCUGAGAACACAAAACUGUCAGAAACGUAUUUCAACUGGUACAACACUUCUACGCAUCGAGAAAGAAAAAGGUUUAGAAAGGUUCUCACAGAAGUGCUCCCUGCCCCGCCGUACUCCAGCAGCGACGUGGUCCAUCCCAUCAAGGUCGACGAGAGCGGAUCGUUCCUCUCCUACGACUUGUCCCACCGAGCCCUUCGCCGGAGGUCUCCUUCCUCCGGGAGCGAGUUCCUCGCCUUCUACGAGCUGCGUUACAAAGGACAACCCCUGAGGUUCAACCUGAGCCUGAACAGCAACCUCCUGGCGCCGGGGUUCGUCAGCGAGAGGCGAUACGGGGGGAUCGCCGGCGCCAAGAUCCAGCCCCGCGCGCGCAACUCCUGCCAUAUGAUCGGGGAGGUUCGGAGCCGGGCGCUGGCGGGAGGCCUGGCCGCGCUCAGCACGUGUGAUGGCCUGAAAGGCGUGUUUCGGCUCAUGAACGAGGACUAUUUCAUCGAACCGGUGUCCACCAGCUUUCGGGAGGACGGAGCGGCGCAGCCGCACAGGGUGUACAAACGCCAGGCGCCCGAGCACGGGGCAGAGCGAGGCAGAAGGCCACCAGCUCCGCGGGAAACCUGCGGCGUGCGAGAAUCUCAGGAAAGCCUGGAGAGGUCUGAGAAGCAGAGGGAAAGAUGGGAACAGAAGCAGCACAGGAAGAGAAGAAUAAAGCAGCGCUCCAUCAGCAAGGAGAAGUGGGUGGAAACGCUGGUGGUGGCAGACACCAAGAUGGUAGAAUACCACGGGAGCGAGAACAUAGAGAAGUACGUGCUGACCGUGAUGAACAUGGUGGCGGGGCUGUUCCACCACGCCAGCAUCGGGAACCCCAUCAACAUCGCUAUAGUGCGGCUCAUCCUGCUGGAGGACGAGGAGGAGGAUCUGAAAAUCUCCCACCACGCAGACAACACCUUGAAAAGCUUUUGCAAAUGGCAGAAAAGCAUCAAUGUUAAAGGAGAUUCCCAUCCCCUGCAUCACGACGUCGCAGUCCUGCUCACAAGGAAGGACAUCUGCGCGGCGAUGAACAGACCCUGCGAGACCCUGGGGCUGUCCCACGUGGCGGGGAUGUGCCAGCCCCACAGGAGCUGCAACAUCAAUGAGGACACGGGGUUGCCCCUGGCCUUCACCGUGGCCCAUGAGCUCGGACACAGUUUUGGGAUUCAGCAUGAUGGAAGCAGCAAUGACUGUGAGCCAGUUGGGAAAAGACCUUUCAUCAUGUCUCCACAGCUCCUGUAUGACACGUCCCCACUCACCUGGUCCCGCUGCAGCCGGGAGUACAUCACACGAUUCCUCGACCGGGGCUGGGGGCUGUGCCUGGAUGACCCCCCCGCCCGGGAGGUGCUGGACUACCCCUUGGUCCCCCCGGGUGUCCUCUACGACGUGGGCCACCAGUGCCGGCUGCAGUACGGCGCCUACUCCACCUUCUGCGACGACAUGGACAGCGUCUGCAACACGCUGUGGUGCACGGUGGGGAACACGUGCCACUCCAAGCUGGACGCUGCUGUUGACGGCACGGCGUGCGGGGACAGCAAGUGGUGCUUCAACGGCGAGUGCGUGCCGGUGGGUUACCGUCCCGAGGCGAUCGACGGCGGCUGGGGCUCCUGGAGCUCAUGGGCUGCCUGCUCGCGCAGCCGCGGCGCGGGCGUGCAGAGCGCUGAGAGGCAGUGCAGCAGCCCCACGCCGAAGUACGGGGGCAGGUACUGCCUGGGGGAGCGGAAGCGGUUCCGGAUUUGCAACGUCAGGCCGUGUCCCCCCGACAAGCCCUCCUUCCGCCAGGUCCAGUGCAGCCAGUUCAACCCCAUGCUCUACAAAGGGAAGCUCUACCGCUGGACACCGGUGCCCAACAACAUCAACCCCUGCGAGCUGCACUGCCGGCCGGAGGACGAGUACUUUGCAGAAAAGCUGCGCGAUGCCGUCAUCGACGGGACGCCGUGCUACGAGAUGAACGCCAGCCGCGACAUGUGCAUCAACGGCAUCUGCAAGAACGUGGGCUGCGACUACGAGAUCGACUCCAACGCGGUGGAAGACCGGUGCGGCGUCUGCCACGGCGACGGCUCCACCUGCCACACCAUCGAGAAGACCUUUGAGGACAGCGAGGGGCUGGGUUACGUCGAUAUCGGGAUUAUCCCCGUGGGAGCCCGGGAGAUCCGCAUUGAAGAAGUCGCAGAAGCCGGGAAUUUUCUGGCGCUGCGGAGUGAGGACCCGGAGAAGUAUUUCCUGAACGGCGGCUGCCAGUGGAACGGGGACUACAGGGUGGCGGGGACUACCUUCACCUACAAGAGGACGGGGAACUGGGAGAACCUCACCUCCCCGGGGCCCACCGUGGAGCCCGUGUGGAUCCAG